GGGAAAUACGCCAAGUGCUCGAGUAUGAAAAUAUGACCUCACUCGGAAUAGUUGAAACAAAAACAUAAAAUCGAUAUAAAUUGUUGGAAUUGAUCCCUGAUACCUAAUUCGCCUGUCACUUGAGUCUAUACCGCGCGUUAUAGAUUCUCGGUGAUCAAACAUGAAGUUCCUCUCAGCUUUCCUAGGAAUAGUGCUUCUUGUACACAAUGUGUAUGGAUAUUGCCCCUGUGCUAGCAAAGGCUUCGUGAAAGACUGUGGCCUAUGUGAGAGCAGCGACAUGUGCCACAACCUGGACACAGCCUCAUCAGGCAGCUUCGGGGUCACUGCUGAUGGCACUGCAUCUGGCAUUCCAAUCGUGGUACGGCCCCAGGAAGUGCCCAAGCCACUUGUGGCUCUUCCGUUGAAUCUGGGAAUCGUCCCUGGGCCAUGCACCAUCAAGAAGGCCAUUGUAAGGCCUGCGAUCGUUCCCAGGCCUGUAUGUACGCACAAGGAGAAAGCUGGAUCGAGCCUAUUCACCGAGGGAAAGUUUUCAGGAAUUGAGGGAUUCGUGAACCUGGCCUCUGCAAUCCAAGGUGUAGGCAUAAAUGAAGACAACAAAAUUGGUACUCCUGCAGAUCCUGUCUCUAUAUCUAUAGCGCUCAAAAAGCAACAGGAAAUCGAAAACUGCGAAAGAGCUAUUGAAGACAGACUUUCUUUCGGAUUCAGAAGGGUACCCAAAGAACUGCCCAAGAGAGAACAGGUAAAGCAACUGAUCCCCGAGGUUAACAUCCACAGGCUGAACGGUCAAAUCAUCGAAUUCGUCCCGCCUAAACCAGGCAAACAAUGCAAACACAGCACAUUGGAAGAAGAAGCUAUCGAAGAUCUGUUGGAACUCGAAGCCGAGGAACAGGCUUUAGCUGAAGCUCAAGAAAGCCAAAGGAGAGGUCCGUACAACAACAUCCUUUUGGAGGAAAUUGGAUACCGUCCAGCUUCAUUGAGGACAGGCAGCUUCCAAGACGUAGUAGGCGAAGCAGUGAACCAAGCCGUGAACGCACUGACAGGUGGCGUCGCCAGUACCGCAUCCAACGCAGUUUCCGGUGCCGUUUCCGACGCAGUGGCCGGUGCCGUUUCCAACGCAUUUUCCGGUGCCGUUUCCGACGCAUUUUCCGGUGCCGUUUCCGACGCAUUUUCCGGUGCCGUUUCCAACGCAUUUUCCGGUGCCAUUUCCGGUGGUAAUAUCGCUUCCGGUGCAGCUGAGGUUGUCGAUAAUAUUGUCAACGCAGUAGAGGGAGCCGAAGGAUUAGCUGUAGGAAACAGAAAGUACCUACCUGGAAACGUCGAGUUUAAAACGCUGCCUAAGGUUCCUGACGCGAUCAUCUUGCCCACCACCGAGAUCCCAGACAGCUGUGAAUCUGACGAAAUCAACCUGGAUCCUUUCGGCACAAUCAGCAGCAGCAAGAUCCCCAACAGUGUCCAAGCUGGAAUCCAGUUCAACCGACAAUCUUACUGCCACCAGUGUCAGUCUCACAACUUUUUGCAUAAGUUGCUUUAAAUGAUCGACUGUUUUGAGCACGCCUUACUGCAAUUAUAGGUCUGUUGUUAUUGUUUUGUGAUAUUAUGGUUGGUAUUUUUUGUUUCUUUUGUUGAUAGUAAAUACUCCAGCCUCCAAGGACUCUAUAGUAAACUGAUCUCAAAUACACUUUAAUUGUGAUAUAAAACUCUUUAAAUCCAGAAAUGAUAAAUAAGUAGUCUAGAUUUUGUUAUCCGAAAAGUACAAACUUUUCAAUAAUUACUCUAUAAAAAUUUUAUAUGAUUUCCUCUAGUUUCUAGUAAACUAUUGUUUGACAAGUUCCCAAUCGUUUAGAUGUAAAUUCGUAAAAUAUAUUUUUUUGCUACCUUGAUUUCAGAAACCAAGUUUGAUCCCUGAUUCCAAUAUAGGCUCAGUUUUUUCAAUUAAAAAAAAAAUAAUACAAGAACACAUCUGGAAAAGUAAGGGUUUUACGUUGUCAAAAUUUUCCAAACAUGUUUUAGAUAUUAACUUUUUCGGAUUUUUAUAUUUUUUCCGAAAAUAAGUUUGAAAAGUCUGUUCGACAUCUUUAAUUCUCUUUAAUUAUAUAAAAAAGAUUUCAAAUCCCUAUUACGAAGAAAUUAGCGCUAUGAAAAAUACAUCGUAUGCGAUGUAAUAUCAUUUGUGUACCUAUAAGAUUUUGUUUAACUUACGUUCGAUUUACUUAGUGGAUUAAGUUUCAUCGAUCUUCGUCUGUUAACGUUUGAAUUUUUUAAUUAUUAUUUUUUUAGUUCGCAAUUUUAUGUGAUUAUGAAUGUAACUGUGAUUGAAAUUUAAUUUUUAUUUAUACCUGCAUGAUGUAUAAUUGCUAGUAAAAGUGCACUGUAC